GUUAUUUGUGAACAGUUUGGUCCUUUACGUGGCAAUAUGAUUGUGUAAAAGAUACAAGUUAGUCCCUACCAUUUGCAGAGUUUCCCUACCGUUGAUUGAUCACACUGCCCCACCGGCUGGUUAGACGAGGUACUUGGUGGCAAAUACUGCUUCUAUGAUGGGGGAUACUCGUCGUGUUAGGAUGUGGGUACAGGUGCUCUGUGCUCAUUUACUUUGUGGAUUGGUGCUUACUUCGGAGCUCACAUUCGAGCUUCCCGAUAAUGCAAAGCAGUGUUUCUAUGAAGACAUCAUCAUUGGCACGAAAUGUACAUUGGAGUUUCAGGUCGUUACCGGGGGGCAUUACGAUGUCGACUGCCGCCUGGAGGACCCUGACGGAACUGUGCUUUACAAAGAGAUGAAAAAGCAGUAUGACAGCUUCACAUUUACAGCCGCCAAGAACGGCACCUUCAAGUUUUGUUUCAGCAACGAAUUCUCCACAUUCACCCACAAGACUGUAUACUUUGACUUUCAAGUCGGAGAUGAUCCUCCCCUCUUCCCGAAUGAGAACAGAGUCACCGCCCUCACACAGAUGGAAUCUGCAUGCGUAUCCAUUCACGAGGCACUGAAGUCGGUGAUUGACUACCAGACCCAUUUCCGUUUGAGAGAGGCUCAGGGCCGCAGCCGGGCUGAGGACCUUAACACCAGAGUGGCCUUCUGGUCCAUCGGCGAGGCCAUCAUUCUGUUGGUGGUCAGCAUCAGUCAGGUGGUUCUGUUGAGGAGCUUCUUCUCUGAUCGCAAAACCACCACGACCCGUGUUGGUUCUUAAUGCUGUCUCCCCUGCCCUCAGCAUCAUCUGACCCUUUUCCCACAACUCCCAUGAUAACUGCUCUCCAUUGUGGAGACUUCAGUAGACUAGGCCCUGAUCCACCGCUCAGUGGCUUAGAGGGUUUCUGUUUCUUUGUGUUUUUGAGUGCUUUUGUAUGUUUCUCUUUUGUUUUUAGUGCUACAAUGUGAAGUACUCAGUGUAGUUUUUUUUAACAGUCAAACAAAUAUUUGAACACUGAGGUGAAAGACAUAAUGGCUUAACUUAUUUUGUGGAUGUAAUGUUAUUUUUUAUGUUGUAUAUCUGAAUGUAAAAAAAAGAAUUCAGACACAGAACCAGACCCAUCACUGAAUCUGCAUGAUUCGAAAUACCCAGACUUCCUGCAUUCAGACUGUAGCUACACCUUUCUUGUCUGAAAUUCCAACCUGCAUUAACAAAAUCCGUCACUGUAAAUUGGCCCUAAAAGAUCAUCUAUAAGCAGGUCAUUGGAACAACAUAUAAUGAUAUUAAACAAACACAAAGUAUGUUUCAAUUUCAAAGUAGUUUUCAAGUCAACAGCUCUCAGUGUGUUAACCACUAUUUUUUUUUUAUUAUUAUUAUUACAUUCGGAGAGAUAUUCUGACAUAGAACACUGUUUUAGGUCUGACCUAAAUGAAUUUAUUAUAUUAGAAUAUAAUUAUGUUGGUUGCCAUUUAGCUGUAUUAUUGUGGUUGUGUAAAUUAUUUCUUUUGGUUAUUUUUUAUUUAAAGCAAGCACUGAUAUGAAAAUGGGAAGCAGGUUAAUUAUAUUUUCUUCCAGAUGUGUGUUUUGGUGUUAGGAGAAAUGGAUGGGUUUUGGGCUGAUGAGCAGCUAACUUGCUCUUUUUGGUAUUUCCAGUACCAUCUGAUUUAUUCUUUAUGUUUGUCGUCCAGCAAUAAACACCCCAUAGCUCAGUUUUCCCCAUCACAAAUUACACCAACAUAAAAAAAACUGAAGGCUGAUAAUUCUGUCUGAAAUACAUAUACAAAAAUACACUAAUACACUUUAUUUGCUUUAAGCUUAGUCUUUCAAUGAUGCAAUGAGGUUUGCUUUCAAGCUUAGGAUCUAUACAUAGAUACAUAGCGUGGAACUUACUCUGGGAGCGCUGCUGGGAUGAUGAGGGAGGUCAAUCUUAAUCUAAUUGCACGUGAUGCAAAUUCAUACAAUGGUCCGCAGAAGCAGACGGUGAAAUAUAACUUGCUAAUUCGGUCCUUCCUUGCACUGAAAAUGCUAUGUUGGAGUAUGGAUCUGACUAUAGUUAGGUCCAUGUCCUGAAAAGGUGCAGUCUGAGUACAGCAGUCUUCAGAUAUUUCAGAUCAUAUUGAAUUAGGAAAGGAAGUGGUUUAGUCUCAGAAUCUCUGCCUCCUGUUAGAAAUGGUCCUGGUCUAGCUGAGUAAUGAACUCUGGUGAAGAGGUAGUUCAAUCUUUGCUCAGUUUGACUUCUUAUGCCGCCAGUCAUCAAGUCACCAGAGGGAAAGGUAUUUCCUCGGAUAGUGCUUCUGUUGUCAUCUGAUUCACUAUUGUACACCUCACCCUGACCCACUUCACAGUUCAGAUCACCCUUGCACACCUCAGUCAACACACACCACAAGUUCCUGAGCAUAUGCCAAUGUAAUGGGAUUUUGGAAAAUGUGAGAUGAAAACAUACAAGUUCAGUUAUGAUAUACCCUUUUGUCUCACCAUCAAAAUGGAAAUGACAAUGCACAUUGUCCUUAUCCAGUUCUGUAGAAUAAAGUCUGCAUGACUUUUCUCUGUC